CUCCUCAAUAUCAUUUCCGGUUCACGCCUCUUUCAAUAACAACAUGUUUUAUGACAUAUAUUCGUGUUCAUUAAGGUUAUAGUUGAAUGUGUAAUAUAUGAACCGUCCGUGUUUUUAUGUUUGUGUAAUUGCAAAAGGAGUUUGUUUCUUAUAAGACGGAAAUAAGAGGAUUGUUUUGCAAAUUCGCUUCACCGUCAAACAGGAAGUUGUCACUAGCUUGUCAGUGUGAGAGCUGCACAGAUGGGAAGCUGUUAACACGCAGUAGACGACAGUGGAGGAAAGAGUCGCUUGUCCAGUAUGAGCUCACCUGAGGACAGAGAGCCUGGGAUGCCCAUGGAUAGUUUAAAAGAAGAGCUUGCUGGUCCCGCUGGCGCAGGAGAUUACAGCAAACAUGAUAUGACGGUAUGUUUAGGCAACGGUGAAGUAAAAAGCUGCGCUGUGGUGAAGUACUCUGCUGCCCCACCUCCGACCACCUACGCCCUCCUGCAGGAGAAGACAGACCUGAAGCUGCCACCUGCCAACUGGCUCAGAGAAAACCCGCAGCUGGGCAGUGCUGGCACCACUGUCUUGGGCUCCAGCAGCAAGAGCAAACCCUUUUCCAGUUUCGGGAUGGCCUAUGAAUUCAUUGAUUGCAUCGGGGAUGACGUGGACGUCGUAUCAGAUUCUGAGAACAUCAAGAAGCUUCUGAAAAUCCCCUACAGCAAGUCCCAUGUGAGUAUGGCUGUUCACCGUGUUGGAAGGACUUUGCUUUUGGAUGAGCUGGACACUCAGGAACUCUUAAGAAGAUCCUCUCAGACAGGAGAUUGGACAUGGCUCAAAGAGAUUUACCAGCGCCUAAUAGAUCAAAAAUGGCAGAGAAAGAAGAAGAGCAAAGAACACUGGUAUCAGAAAGCCAUCCUGUCAAAGUUCCUCUAUUACAGUAUAAAUGGCGAUGGGGCCGCAGAUCCUGUAACAGAAGACAUGAUUAAAGAGGAUGAAGACGACGAGGCCGAAGAGUACAGCUCCUCGUGGCCUGCUACUUUCACCAGCGCAAUGUCGGAAGCAGAGGAAACGGAUACGCCCAAACAGGAAAGUGUUCCCGUGGACAGCAACUUUGCUUUAGGUCAGGUGACGUCCGUGCCUAAAGAGCAGAACCUCCCUACUCUCUUCAACGAAGGGGAAAACAGUCAGGGUUUAAGGAACGACUUUGUGCGAAACAUCAUGUGGACGUUCGAGGACAUCCACAUGCUGGUUGGGUCCAACAUGCCCAUUUUCGGAGGUGGUCGAUAUCCUGCUGUCAGUUUGAGACUAAGGGACAGCAACAAACCAAUCAACAUUUUAACAGGUAUCGACUACUGGCUCGACAAUCUCAUGUGCAACGUCCCGGAGCUUGUCAUGUGUUUUCACGUCAACGGGAUUGUUCAGAAAUACGAAAUGAUAAAAACAGAAGACAUCCCUCAUCUAGAGAACUCAAAUUUUUCCACAAGGGUUGUAAAGGACAUUGCCCAAAAUAUCCUGUCCUUCCUGAAGUCCAACUGUACUAAAGAGGGUCACACCUACUGGCUUUUCAAAGCUAGUGGGAGUGACAUUGUGAAGCUUUAUGAUCUCACCACUCUGUGUGAGGAGGCCGAAGAAGAGAAAUAUCAGAAUCCCUUCACGCUUCCCGUUGCUGUUUUACUGUACAAAGUGGCCAGCAACCUGAUGCUGAAGGCAAGUCAAAACCGAAAGCACUACGGCAAAAUCCGGACUCUGCUCUUAAACUGCGUCAAGCUUCUUGAUCCGGAGAAGCAUCCUCAGAUUAUUGCCUCGGCCUACUACAUGCUGUCAGAGCUGUUCCAGCUCGACGAGCUGCCCGACGAAGACGGAGGGGAGUCGCUGCGGGCCGGUGGCUCCGAAGACAGCUACAGCGACGAAGACAGGGAGGAGGAGGAGGGCGAGGACGACGAUCUGACAGAGGACGGCGAAGAGAUGGGCUCCUACAGUAACUGCCCCAGGCCUCAGGAUGAUAGCAAAGCUGUGGCCGUGAUCCGCUCUGUAGGGGAGCUGUCAGUGCCGGAGAAAUACAAAUCAACUCACCAAAUCAGACCAAGUUGUGCUUUUCCUGUUUCCCAAGACAAAGAGGAGCGAUGCAGACAUGUCCUGAGCUACGUACUGAAGGGGUUGAAAGCAGUAGAUAGCAGCAUCAAGAAGGAGAGCGAUCUACCUGCUGCAGACCCUAACACUCCCAUCCCGUUAAAGUAUGAGGACGGAGGUGCCAGCGGCGCUUCAGAGAGAGGCAUCUCUCUUCUUCUUGAGAGAGCAGGGUCAGGGCAGGUCGACCAGAAGCACCCGACGCGCUCGGGGAUGAUCCCGGGCUCCUGGCAGCAUCGUAUGAAGCUGGAGCUCUUCCUCAAAGCUUCCAAGGCGUACUACGUCCUGUCCGACGCCGCCACCAACCUGCUGAAGUACGGACGAGCCCUACGCUACAUCAAGCUCUCCCUGCAGUGUUAUGAUGCUUACUGCUCUGUGAGUGAAACGCUGCACCCACACGUGCUGCACUUUCACAGCCAGUGCCUGUCGCUGUGUGGAGACAUUCAGCUCAUGCUGGCCCAGAACGCCAGCAACAGGGCAGCUUACCUGGAGGAGUACAGCUAUCAGACCCGAGAGGACCAGGAAAUCCUGCACAGUCUGCACCGAGAGAGCAGCUGCCAGGACUUCAGUAUGGCGACAGAUCUGGCCAUGGAUCCGGAGUACCAGCUGUUUGUCAGCUGUCGCUGCUACGAGGCGGCGCAUGAACUGCUCAUCUCUGAGCUCUUGAAAGACCAAUCGUCCGAUCAGCUGCCCCAGGUCCUCAAGCGGCUGGGGAAUAUCCGCAACGAGAUGGGGGUCUAUUACAUGAACCAGGCAGCGGCCAUGCAGACAGAAAAACAAGGGAAAAAGUCUGUGUCGGCAGCAGAGCAGGACCUGUGGAAGAAGAGUUUUAGCUUCUUUGAGAAAGGAAUGAAGGACUUUGAAACCAUCAGGGACAGCACCAACACCGCCUUACUGCUGUGUAACACCGGCAGGCUCAUGAGGAUCUGUGCCCAGGCCCAUUGUCCUGUCUCUGCCGACGAGAGCAGAGGGGAGUUCUCUCCCGAGGAGGCUCUUUACUACAACAAGGCCAUAGAUUAUUACUUGCAAGCUUUGAGGGCGCUGGGCAGUAGAAAGAGCCACGCAGCUGUAUGGGACAGUGUAAACUGGGAGCUGUCCACCACCUAUUUCACCCUGGCUACGCUUCUGCAGGACUACGCACCGCUGUCCAGGAAGGCUCAGGAGCAGAUCGAACGGGAAGUGACGGACGCCAUGAUGAAGUCCUUAAAAUACUGCGACCUGCAAACGGAGUCGGCCCGGCAGCCGCUGUACCAGUACAGAGCCGCCACCAUCCACCACCGCUUGGCCUCCAUGUACCACAGCUGCUUCCGCAACCAAGUGGGGGACGAACACUUGAGGAAGCAACACCGCAGCCUGGCCGAGCUUCACUACAGCAAAGCUGUCUCUUUAUUCCUCAGCCUCAAGGAUGCUCCCUGUGAGCUGCUGCGCACUCUGCUGGAGAGGGUGGCGUUCACCGAGUUCACCAUGGCAGGUCAGAGCAGCAGCGUGGCUAAGCUGAAGAGCCUGGUAGGAGCCGUAGAGAUCAUGUCAGAGACUCGCCACGCUUUCCAGUUGAUCCAUAAGGAGCUGUUGGAGGAGCAGGCGGAGGCUGAACCAUCUGCUGCUGAGUCAGCAGAUUCUCCUGACAGGGCCGGUGGCUCCACCUCCGGUUUGGACCUCCAGGAAGUGUCGAAGUUAAUCGGCGUGUUCGAGCCAAGUUUCUCCUUCCUGCUGUUUCAAGCGAUCAAGCUGAUGACGACAGCCAAACGGAAACCAAGCGGUAAAGACGAGGACGCGUUGAAAAACUACAAGGCCGUGUACUCCAAGCUGCUGCGCGCUAAGAAAGACGCGCCGCUCCUCAGUCGGGUCGAGCUUUACGUCGAGCUCCUGCAGCAGCUGAGCCCGAAAACAGGAAGUGACAUCACAGGAGCAAAUAAAGCGUAAAAAAAAA